AAUUAGAAACCCCACGUACCUACGAGUGACAUUAAAUAUCGGGGCCGGCGAAGACACGGUGUAGCUUGUGAUUGUGUUGCCUGGGAAGCAUAGUCGGUCGUCAUUCUCCUUUCAAACUUCGUUGCGUAUUUACUAGCAGUUAGCACCUACGUAAUAUGAACGUUAUAAAGGCAUCUAUCACCAUACUCAUGCUAUCUGAAAGUCGUGAAGUCGUGUUGGUCGGUAGGAUCUUGCGAAUGUUAAUGUUGGAUUAAAAUGUUCACAUGUGUUCACGACUUUAGAAUUGUUGUAGCAAAUAGAUAACUAAUCUGUGGCAAAUAGCAAACACCACAAACCAAAGCACAAACACAGAGUGUCUCUAUUAUGUUGGCAGCGCUGACAUGAGGAAAGGAAUGCGGAAUGACGGAGAAUGACGGAUUUUGAUUCGGAUUUGUGAUUGUGUACAAUUUGUGACGGACAAUUCAGACGACAGCUCAUCGUAUAAAUUGUUUUGUGCGUGAUUUAUUCCAAUAUCUGAGUAAUCUAGUGGUUUUUAUUAUUGCAUAAGGCCAAUAUGUGGGAUCCUACGCACGUUCAAGUAACAGUGCAAAAAGCGAGAGGUCUGCUAAUAAAAGGCAAAAACGGUACAAAUAACUGUUUUGUUACAAUCUCUCUCGGUAAAGAAAAAUUUCAAACGUCCGUGAAGCACAAAGCAACAGAGAACGUCGAGUGGUUCGAGGAAUGCGAGUUAAGAAUUCCAUCGCAGGGAAACACCGCCGAGAUCGUUUUGAAAAUAUACGAUGAGGAUUUAAUUAAGGAUCACUUACUGGGUCAAGUAUCGAUUCCGUUAAAAGACCUGGAUGUGUACGAACGUCCGAGAAAUCGAGUAUAUCCUCUACGCGGUAAACCUGGCAAAGAGAACGACAAGAGCAGGGGCGAGCUAGAGGUGAAAAUAGGCUUCACUGUGAAAGAGGGAAGCUUAACUGAUCUAAGCAAGAAGGAAAAACACAAGUCCUCACUAUCCAGUAUCGCACAAAAUGUUGGUGGCAGCCUCAUGAGCAUUGGUAGCAUUGAAAAGCGCAAGGGUUUAAAGAAGUUUGCCAAAAAUUUGGGCUCCAAAAUUAAUCUAACAAAGAAAGAUAAGAAGAGUGACUCAUCAUCUUUAGGUGGCAGUGUCGGUAAUCUCAGGGCUUCUGUGCUGUCCACACCUGACACUUCUACACCAAAAAGGUUACCCACAGAAGCCGACCCGGGUGUGAUUAGUGAAGACGAGGAUGAAUUUGCAUUCGAUGAUUUAUCACACAAAAGUUCUGGUAGUUCUCUAAACGUACAGACCUCUUACAUGCCAAGGACAGUGAAGUACACUCCAUCCCCAGUCAAUGCUUCUCUUGAAAAUCUUGGCGGAGGAGAGUUUUUAAGACGUUCUACGAGCAGCAAUUUGGUAAGUGCUGAGAAAACUGCACCUCUCAAACCAGUCCGUUUGAGCUUGGACACAUUCACAGCACCACAAUUACCUAUACAGGUACCUGACAAAAAUGACGAGUGGUCUCAAAAAUUGUAUCCGAGAAAAUCCAUCAGCCAGACUAUGAUAGACAGAGAGAAGUCAUCAAGCUUAGAGAGAAACAAAAAACUAGACAGUCCCAGUUCUCUGAAAGAGAAACCUAGUCCAAAGUUUUUCAAGAAAUUCGGAAAUAGUAAGCCUAAGAAGUUACUGGAGGAACGUAUUAUAGUUGGCGAGGAGAACAUAGUCGAGGAAGACUCAAUGAACCUUGCAUUCAGUAAUAUUCCAAAAACUGUUGUGCAACAAUUUGACAACAUGAGUCGAGAAGAUCUUAUUGUUAUGGUAUACAAUUUACAGAAGGAUGUUGAAUCUGAAAAGAAAAAGAAUAAGGAUCUAGAAAAUUAUUUAGAUGAAUUGUUACUAAGAGUAAUGGAAACAACACCCAGGAUCCUCCAGAACCCUUAUGUCAGAAAUAAUAGCAUGCAUAUCAGAAAUAAGUAAAAGCUACUUUAACAUUAAUACAGGGUGUUCUAAUACAUCUAAUGUUAAAACUCAUUGUUUAAACUCCUUUUUAUAUAACUAAUGUGAAAUUAUUGUUGUUAUUCCCAUAACUUUUAUAUAAAUGUGAAGGUAUCAAUUGAAUACCAGAUCUUGCUAGAUUUGAAAACUAAACAAAUGUACUGUCAAUUAAUGAAUCACUCAUUCCUAAAAUAUUAACAUGAACAGAAAUUAUUUACUACUUUAAAAUUAGGUUGAAAGUCCAAAAACAGUGCCUUAUCAAUUUGUAAACUUUACAUAGAUUAAAAACAACAAGCCUUAAUUACUGUCCAUCCAAAUAUUCAUACAUGAUUAAUUUAUUUCAUUUCCAUUUUAUUUCUUUCCAUUUAAGGUUUUCUUUUCUGCUAUAAUUCUAGAUUUUGUGGUUUAUAUAAUAAUUUUGUCUUUACUGUGCCAAAAAUUCAAACUAUAUUUUAAUCAGAAGAUAUUCCACCAGUACCUAUUUAAGUUAAAUUUAGAACAAGAGCUUUGGUUUAAUUAGAACUAUCUUUAUUAGAUAUUAUUUAUAUAAUGUCAAUUUUAAGUGUGAUGUUAGUGCUACAGAAUCAUUUGGUUAGUACCUAACAUAAUUAUUAUCAAGCAUCAAUUUAUAUUGUUGAAAUAUAGACAAUAUUUAUUUAGGUAUUGCAUAAUAGGAGUAUAUAGUUUGACAAUAUCAUUGCGUAGGUAGGUAUAUCUUUUAUUUUACUAACAGGAAAAAUAUAUUGUUACACACUAUACCUAUUGCUUAUAUUUAGUUAUGUUAAUCACUUACAUGUUGUUUACUAAAAUUAGGGUAUAUAAUUAUGUGCAAAUAUAGGGUGCAUAAUACCCUUGUCUUGUGCAAUAUAAAUUAAUACUUAAAUAUAUUUAAGCAUUUAUUAUAAAUAUUUUUAAAAGAACCAAUUAUUUAAAGAAACCUAAAAAUUACUCUAGACUAAGUUAUUCAAAACCUACCUAACUUAAAAGUCAUAUACUUGGUGAUAUGAUAUGCUAAAAUUAUAGUAUUUUUUUAAGAUUUAAAUGCUUUGAAACGAAUUAAUAAUUUAAAAAGCUAAUUAUAUAAAUUGAUUAAAGUUUAUUUAGAUAAAUAUCUGUUGAUCAAGAUAAGUAAUUACACUAAGUAAUUCAUUAGAUGAAAAGCUUAUAGAACUGAUUAGAUAGUGCUUGUUUUUACAAUCACAGUGUAUUUAUAAUCUCAGAGAUUUUUGUAAGUGUAAUAAAUAAUAUCUUAGCAACUAAUUUCUAGCCUUCACUUCAAAUUGUAUUUCAACAUUUUAUUUAGGUACUUUAAAAAAUACUAGGUACCUAACUGUUUGCUCAUUUAGCAUUGCAUAAACCAUAAAGUAUUUUGUUUUUAAUUUUGUAGGCCUUAACAUUAACCAUUUUGUCUAACAUAAUUAUUGUUUUUAAACACUUUUGUACAUCUCAAACAUCAUAAAAUUAGUAAAAGUGGUCUUGUUGCUAAAUAUUUAUGACUGAAAUUGUUUUAGCAAGUAGAGUAUUACUUGAUUUUUUUUAGAAAUGAAAUAACAAUUAGGCACAGCCACUUUCAAAAUAUGCUAAUUAAUAAUGCAAAAGAUGCUACCUCAAGUUUUAUUCUUAUUAUUUUUGUGUGUACCUUCUAUAUAUACAGCUUUCAAGGUAGGUCUUGAUUCCUGUUUCCAAUAUUCAUUGAAAUACCUAGAAAUUUAUAUGAAGAUCAGACUUGUGGAUGUUUUACAACCACAUGGGCAUGUCUUCCUCAUAUAGACGUUAAACUACUAACUCUUAAAUUAUUUUAGUUUACUGCUAAAUUGUAAGAGUAUAGUAUGUUUAUGUUAAAAUACUGAGAAGUGUUGUAAGUUGUUUUGGUUUUAAGAAUUCUCAUCAUCCACUAUCAUAAUAAGUUAAUAAAGUGAUUGCUGUUAAUCA